UGUCAAACAAAUAUUUUAACAGUUUGGCGGUAGCGAAAUUUUAAAAGUUAGAUACUUUGCAAAUCGCUCUUUAGUUGGUUUCAUUCCAUACUUUUAGUAAUAAUUACAAUAAAUGUGUAUGUCAUGCAAUUAAUCUCAAAUUAUUGAUUUAUACUUUGCAAAAUGUCUAGGGAUAUAAGGUCAUUUUUUACUUUGAAAAAAGAAAAGAAAACAAAAGAUGAGGAUAGUGAUGUGAUACCGGAAUCACCAGAUGUUCAAAUCGCACAAAAGAAAAAACAAAAUAGAAAAAGACGCCAAAUCAAAGAUGACUCUGAUGACGAAAUUUUUACCACACAAAAGAAAAAGGUAACACCUGCAAAGCCUGAACUUAAAGAAGUUAAACCUGCUGAAUUAUUUGGUAGUGUACCAAUUAAAAGAUCAGCACCAUUAGUUAAAAAAUCAAAGAAAAAGACGGAAACUGGAAUUCAUUCAGAUGAAGAAUUUGAACAGAGCUUGCUACAAAUUGACGAAAUUAAUGUCAUUAAAAAUCAAAUGACAUCACCAGAUAAAGAUCAAGUAAUUAAAAAAAAAGAUGAAACUGAAAUUAAUGAAAAGAAAUUGACUGAAAAUCAUGACGUAAUUGACAAAGAAAAAUUGAAAUCAAAAAAUACAAAUGAUACUAAAGCCUCAACAAGUAAAAGAAAAUUAGAUAAAAGCAAUAUUGAGGAUGAAAGUCAAAUUGAAUUGACAAGCCAAAAAACAGAGAAAGUCAAAAAGGAUUUUAGUGAAUUCAUUGAUUAUGAAGAACAUCAUGACAAUACUGAACAAAUAUAUCAGCCAAAAUCAAAGAAACGCAAAAUGGAUAAAAGCCUCAACGAAUCUGUUCUUACAGAUGAAGAAAGGCACGAAAGGAAACGAUACUCAGCAGGUCUUUACCAGAAAUAUUUGAACAGAUCAGGGCCUAAGCACUUAGGAUCCAAAGAAAUGCCUGAGGGGUCGCCAGACUGCUUAAAAGAUUGUGCAUUUUUAUUAACUGGCGUUCUGGAUUCAUUCGAACGAGAUGAAGUAGUCGAAACUAUCACGAAAUAUGGCGGCACUAUAAAAAGUGGUGUUAGUAAGAAGGUGACACAUGUUGUGGCAGGUGAAGAUGCUGGUCCAGCUAAGUUAGCCAAAGCACAAGAGCUCGGUAUCAAAGUGCUCAGCGAAGAUGAGUUCCUGGCUAUGAUCAAAGACUCAACAGCUAAAAAACAUUCCAAAGAUGUAAAGAAGGAACAAAAUGACGAUAAAAAAAAUAAAAAAUCGAACGACAAAAAUGAAUCAAGUUGUACAAUUAAGAAAACACCGAUAAAGAAACAAAUUGACAAACAAUUAAUUGUUAGUGAUAUUAAGAAGGAAGCUGUUUCUCCUAAAACAAUUGUGAACAAUAAAGUUAAAUCUGAAGACAUCAAAGUGUCCGUUAAAUCAGAGAAUAAACAAAACGGUGAAAUUAAACAUUCGAGUAGCGCUUCUGACAGUUCAAAUACGCUCAUGUGGGUUGAUAAAUAUAAGCCACAGAAUUUAAAACAGAUCAUAGGACAACAUGGGGAAGCCAGCAAUGCUAAUAAAUUAUUAAAGUGGUUGACGAAAUGGUACGCAAAUAGAAAAGCAAAACUACCGAAGCCAAAUCCGUGGGCGAAAAAUGACGACGGCGCUUACUAUAAAGCGGCAUUGUUAUCCGGACCGCCCGGCGUGGGCAAGACGACAACAGUGGCGCUCGUUUGCAAGGAGCUGGGCUACGACAUGGUCGAGCUCAACGCUUCGGAUACGAGAAGCAAGAACCUCAUCAAGGAACAGAUUUCGGAACUGUUGACGUCCACCUCGCUCUCGGGUUAUGCUAAAGGGAAUGCGGGCAAGGGAGCCGUGUCGAAGAAACGUGUACUGGUCAUGGAUGAAGUCGAUGGGAUGGCUGGAAAUGAAGAUAGAGGUGGUCUCCAAGAGUUGAUAUCGCUGAUGAAGUCGACGUCGGUGCCCAUCGUGUGCAUGUGUAACGACCGGAACAGUGAGAAGAUGCGCACGCUCGGCAACUACUGCUUUGAUCUGCGGUUCGCCCGCCCGAGGGCCGAUCAAAUUAGGGCGGCGAUGAUGUCGGUGUGCUUCCGCGAGGGCCUCAAACUCGACAGUGACGCGCUCGUGCAGCUCAUCGCAUCGGCGCGCCAGGACGUGAGGCAGACACUGCACCGCCUCGCGCUCUAUGCCGCCAACGACCCCGCGAGCGCAGUCACGUCUCCCGCCCCGCCCCUCGGCACAACCAACGCCCCGCCCACCGCCACGCACACCCGCGGCGCCGCUACGGACGUCCGCAUCGGACCCUGGGAGGCUAUCCGCAAAGUGUUCAGUGCCGAGGAACACAAGACAAUGAGUAUCCACGACAAGAGCGACCUGUUCUUCAGCGACUAUAGCAUCAUGCCGCUCUUCGUGCAGGAGAACUACUUGAACGUCAUCCCGCAUUGCCCGAAGCAUGAAAUCUUAGAACGAAUGAGCAAAGCUGCCGACAGUAUCAGCAUCGGUGAUAUGAUCGAAGCUAAAAUACGCGGCCAGCAGGCCUGGGGCUUGCUGCCAUUGCAGGCAAUGUGCAGCAGCGUGAUACCGGGAUCAGUUCUAGAAGGUCACCUAUCGUCGCAGAUACAGUUUCCGUCGUGGCUCGGUAAGAACUCACGGAAGAAUAAAAUGCAUCGUCUGUGUCAGGAAAUACACGCGCACACUAGACUUAGUACAUCUGGUUCAAAAUCUUCAAUCUUCCUGGACUAUGCGUACUACCUCCGGGAUGCGGUGGCGACUCCAUUGAUACAAGAGAAGACAGAUGGCAUUGAAAAGUCUAUGGAAGUGCUGGAAUCUUACCAUCUGCUGAGGGAAGAUUUCGAUUCACUAGUUGAGCUGUCUUUAUGGCCGGGGCAAUUAAAUCCCAUGAAUACGAUUGAAACUAAGGUAAAAGCCGCAAUGACGCGUGCAUACAAUAAGAAGGCGACCGCAUUGCCAUAUGCUCCGGUUGCUGUAAAAAAAGGGCGAGCACUAGACAAUGAAAAUUCCCAAGAAGACAAUGAAGAUGAUGCAAUAGACAGCGAUCCUGAGAAUGACACACUAAUUAAAAAAAAGAAAAAUAAAGAUACAGAAAAACCUAGCAGUAGCAAAAAAGGGCAAGAGAAACACAAAGAUAAGUCCAGUCCCAUUAAAGGUACAAAGGAAAAGAAGAGUGCUUCAAAAAGUGCAAAGAAGAGCCCGAAAAAGAAGAAAUAAAAUAAUGUUCAGUAUUCACAUGUUCACUAAUCUUGUUGUAAUAUUAAAUAAUUGUUUUUUUUUUAAA